GACUUAGCGUCUGCGAGGAAGAACAAACCACCGAAGAAGAACAGAAAACGAACGACGUUUGAAUUGUGAUCAGGUUACACUUCUCACAUAUUUGUCGAUUUGUCACAUGUUUUGAAAGAUUUUAACCCACGUUAUCGGAACGUGAUAUUUGGGCUUGGGCUCCCCUAAUGGAACACAGCUUCAUCUUAACGCAAAACAUGCUUUUAAACGCUUCACAUUCCUGCAUGUGCUGGCUAACAUGUUAGCAACAGCGCUAGCGUGAUUCACUGUGCCAAUAUUCACCACUUCACCGCCUCUUUUUUCCCCUCCUUUUUCCCUUUCCUUUUGGGAAUAAGUUGCAUUUUAAAGCACCAUGUCCAAAAGGAAAGUUACGUUUGCGGAUGGUGACGGGGAGGUGGACUUGGAGGAUGAGGCCCCGCACAAGAAGCAGACUUGUGAGGUGGUGAGCGGACCUGGCUCCAGAUUCAAGGGGAAACAUUCCCUGGACAGCGAUGAGGAGGAUGACGGGGAGGACAACGAAAGCAGCAAAUAUGAUAUUCUGGCCAACGAUGAUGUUGACGGUCAAGAGAAUGCCACGAUUGACUUUGACGAGGGAGUCUCCAUCACGCCUUUCAACCUGGAGGAGGAGAUGGAAGAGGGACACUUUGACUCGGAGGGGAACUACUUCAUCAAAAAGGAGCAACAGAUUCGAGACAACUGGCUGGACAACAUCGACUGGGUGAGAAUUAAAGAGCAGCCUUUCAAGCAAAAGAAGAAAGGACUCUCCGCCAAACGCAAACGCAGAGUCGGCGAUGAAGACGAGGCGGAGGAGGAGAAACAGCGGGAGGAGCAGCAGGAAAACAAAGACGAGGAAGAGGAGGAGGACGGGGAGGCCGAGCCCGCCGAAGACCCGCUGGCCUCGUACACGCAGCAGCAGCUGACCGAAGCGCUGCUCGAACUCUUGCUGCCGGGCGAGACGGUCACGGCGGCGCUGCGGCGGCUGGGAGGCCUCGGCGCCCGCAAGAAGAACAAGCUGAGGGACAACGACGACGACAGCGGCGGCCAGGCCACGGAGGACGGCAAGCGGGACACGGAGAAGCUGGACCGCCUCACGUCUCUGGCCGACCGGCUGGUGGCGUCGGGGAUGUACGGCAUCUACCAGCAGACCCACGAGAAACUGGCCUACACGCUGAAGAGCAUGAGCGGCAAGCGGCCCGCCAAGGAGGCGGACGGCGAGGAGAAAGACGAACUCGACAUGUUCGGCGAGGAAUUUGACGAGAAGCACGGCGCGGCGUCACACGACAACGAGGAGGGGAAUAAUAGAGUGAGCGAGGAGGUCAUGUGGGAGUACAAAUGGGAAAACAAGGACGACUCUGAAGUCUACGGUCCUUUCACCAGUCAGCAGAUGCAGGACUGGGUGGAUGAAGGCUAUUUCAGCAGCGGCGUGUACUGCAGGCGCUUGGACCAGGAGGGCUCGCAGUUCUACAACUCCAAGAGACUGGACUUUGAUCUCUACACAUGAUCGUCUUCGUCCUCCUGGUGCAGCCUUUCAGUGGCGCAUGAUGUACCGGAGGUGGUUCUGAGCUGAUGUUUUGUCCAGUGUAAAUUGUUUUUAAAUAAAUCAGACAAAUACUG